AUGGAGAUUGAAGACAUAAGACUCAAUUAUGUUUUCAAGAAUAAGACUGAUCUAAAACAUACACUUGCGAAAAUAGCCAUCAAGAAACACUUUCAGUACAGAAUUCAAAAAUCAUGUUCAGAAGCAUUUUGGGCAAAAUGCAUAGAUGAGAAUUGUGGCUGGUAUGUACAUGCAAGAAGCUCAAAAGUAUCAGACUACUUUCGAGUUAUCAAAUACCAUAAACACCACACAGGCUCCUUAAAUCGCAUAAAUUUUGAAAAUAGACAAGCAAGUGCAAAAGUCAUCAGUAGUUACUUCAAAGAGAAUUUUCGUGACCCAGGAUCAACCUAUCGACCAAGGAAAAUAAUAAGAGACAUGAGAGAUGAACAUGGGUUGGCCAACCCAGGAACUAUCACAAGAGUAUGUAAAGAUGAAGAAAACAGGUUUAAAUACAUGUUUAUUGCUUUUGGGGCUUCAUUGGAUGGAUGGAAGCAAUGUAGACCAGUUAUAGUGGUAGAUGGAACAUUUUUAAAGACGAAAUGUGGAGGUACACUGUAUGCAGCUUAUGUUAAAGAUGGAAACAAUCAAAAUUUUCCGCUCGCCUUUGGAAUUGGGGAUUUAGAAAAUGACAAUGCAUGGAUAUGGUUCUUUACAAGACUAAAAGAAGCAAUAGGAGAUCGAGAAAACUUGUGCAUUGUAUCUGACAGGCAUAAAAGCAUCAAAAAUGCAGUUGAACAAGUGUAUCCUGGUGUAUAUCAUGGAGUUUGUCUUUAUCAUUUGAAGCAAAAUCUAAGGACUAAGUUUAGGGGAUUACAUGCGCAUGCCAUAUUUGAAACUGCUUCAAGAGCGUACUCAGCUCAAGAAUAUUAUUCUGCCAUGGCUGAAUUACAGAAAAUUAGCCCUAAAAUGACCACUUAUCUUUUGGAAGCAAAACCAGAAAAAUGGGCUCGGCCAUUCUUUCCAACGAAAAGGUAUAACAUUCUUACAAGUAACAUUGCUGAAUCUAUAAAUGCAACAAUUGUGCAUGCGAGAGAAUUGCCUAUAACGUCGUUAAUAGAAGCCAUAAGAGAGAUGCUUCAAAGAUGGUUUUCAACAAGAAAAGAAGCAACAAUCAACCAAUUUGUUGAGGUGACAAAAUGGGCAAAUGAUGAAAUGGAGAUCAAACUUGAUGUGGCAUUUCGAAUGAAGGUAGAUGCAAUUGAUGCAAUGAAAUCUAGUGUCACAUAUGGUGAUCGAUUGUUUGUGGUCGACUUGGAACAACAUAUGUGCACAUGUAAUGAAUUUCAACUAGAGGGAAUUCCAUGUGCACAUGCUAUUGCAACAAUUGAAAGCAAGUACUUGGACAAGUACAAAUUUUGCUCAAAUUGGUAUAAAAAUUCUGUUUUGAAAGAGACAUAUGCAAGAUUAAUUAAUCCUCUUCCAGAUAAAGUUGAUUGGAGUGUCCCAGAUGAAAUUAUAGGAGAUAGCAUGAAAGCUCCAAAAUUCAAAUCUAAAGACUAUAAAGAUGCAAUGUUAUACAUAUUUGUUGCGUUGUGGACUUGUGGAUAA